ACAAAAAACAAACUUAGCUUCAGCUACAUUUCUGAAUUCUUGCAUAAUGUCGAGGGUGCUCGAUUCUCUCUCGGUAGGCAGAGUCGUGGGGGAAGUCGUGGACAGCUUCGUAUCUUGUGUGAAGCUGAUUGUAACAUACAACAGCAACAAGCAAGUCUGCAAUGGCCAUGAGCUCAUGCCUUCUGUCAUUGUGUCCAAGCCACGAGUCGAUAUUGGUGGAGAAGACAUGAGGGCUGCUUACACUCUUGUCAUGACUGAUCCAGAUGUUCCAGGCCCUAGUGAUCCAUACAUGAGGGAACAUCUCCACUGGAUAGUUACAGAUAUACCAGGCACUACUGAUGCAUCUUUUGGGAGAGAGAUUGUGAGCUAUGAGGCUCCAAAGCCAGUAAUCGGCAUCCAUCGCUAUGUGUUUGUGUUGUUCAAGCAGAGAGGCAGACACACUGUGAGGCCGCUGGCUUCAAGAGAUUACUUCAACACAAGAGGAUUUGCAUAAGAGAAUGGCUUAGGAUUGCCUGUUGCUGCUGUCUAUUUCAAUGCACAAAGAGAGACUGCUUGCAGAAGAAGAUGAACCUUAAAUCCUUCAAUAAACAAUCAUGGAUCAAUAACUGUUAUUCUCUAUGCUUAAAUAGUACACACCCAUGUUCUGCUUUUAGUAUUAUAUUUUCAUGAUUUCUGACAAUUAAACUAAAAAUAAAACCUUUUUGACAAGGU